AGCGUCGGAUCUGUAUAGUGGAAGUAGAGUGACUGUCAUUCCUGGUAUUAUUUAGCACAUUCUAUCUCAAUCUCCUCACACACAUAACAAAAGGCAGGAGAAAAAUUGUAAAUUAUUACGGAUUUUUCGGACAUUUUUCUGUCAUUUCCGGAGCAAUUUGCGCUGCAGAAAAGCAAGUGAGGCCCAUUGGAUCAGUUGAAAGGAUUCCCCAGGACAUCGACAUGGUGACCCCGCAAUCGCCGACGCCCAUGUUCAAUGGAUUGGACGAUGAUCUCUACAGCGACGCCAAGUAUGCCCACGAGAUCAACGACAAGAUGCGGGUUCCCAAGAGAAUUAAGGCCACCGGGGAGUACUCCAACGAGGAUCUGCUGCUGUCCAACCAGAACGGCAUGAUCAGCUCCUGGAACUAUCACGACAAGAUCGACAUGAACGUACCGGAUCGAAUUGUGGUCCUGGGCCACAAUCAGCACCUGGAGACGCGCUCUGCUCCGCGGGAAAUCCAGCUGGAGAACUCUAUUCUGCCCAAGAACCCAUCGGUCGGAUUGGUGCGCGUCCAGACUCCGCCGCGCAUCAUCACCCUCACCGAUCAACACUUUCCCUCGGCCUCCGAGGAGAGCUCGCCCAUCCGGGCCAAUGGUCAUCAUCUGUAUGGCAAUGAUCUCGACGAGGACGCCGACGAUGAAGAGGUCCAUGCCACCCAAUAUGUACGUGCCAAUGGAGUCGCCCGCAUGGGCUUUCAAGCCAAUGACACCAAUUCCGUUGAAUCGGACUCGCAGUUGACCACGGGCAGUGCCAGCAAGCGCUCGCAGCUGAAUCAACAGCAGCACAACAACCUGGAUGCCUCGAUGCUGGCGCACCGAGAGGGCACGCCCAUGGGCGAGCUGACGCCCCACGAUGAGAUCCUGUAUCUGAGACGCCAGCUGGCCAAGCUGAAUCGCCGGGUGCUGAACAUCGAGAUCAACAACGAGCAGCGCACGCAGCGGGAGAAGAUCGUCUACUGUCUGGGCCUGGCCUACUUCGUUCUCAAGACAAUAUUCUGGCUGAAUCGCAACUAGACGCAAUGUAGAGCCCACUAUGAUGGUUGGCGAUCUGUGCUGGGUGCCAGCACAACCACCUUGCUAUGGACACCCUUUUGGAACAGCUUCUUUCGUUUCUUGACUUUUGUGUUUCUUUUGUGGAAAGGCUCUGAGAGAGACUUUGUUUUUUGUUUGCCAUAACUUUGUAGACUAAGCUCCGUAAUAAAUAAGCGCAACAUCGUUCUGUUUUGUA